CUGCAGGUAGAUCUGGCGCACAUUGGAGAGUACGAUGCUUCCAUGUUGGGAUACCUCCUUAAUCAGCCCGCCCACAUUCUCCCGGCAUUGGAAAACGCCGCGUCGGAUGCACUCAAGUCGCUUCUCUACGAGCGCAAAUAUCCUGCCACUCUGCUCGCUGGUGUGCGUAUACAGAUUCUGCUCCAGGGAAGCUUGCAACCGACACCCUUGCGAUCCAUUCAAUCCCAGCACAUGAAUCGCUUACUCAAGUGUCCCGGAAUUGUCAUAUCAACGUCUCCCGUCAAGAACCGUGCCACGACGUUGAAAGUGCGCUGUUCCCGUUGUCUCGAUUCCCAAACGGUGUACGCUACCGAAGGGCCCUUCGGAUCGCUGACUUUGCCCACCACGUGUCGAGGGCCCAGUCCGCACGAAUGCGGUCGCUUUCCCUACUCGGUCGUUCCGGACGAAUCCAUCUUUGUCGAUCAGCAAACACUCAAACUACAAGAAGCCCCGGAACGGGUGCCGACUGGGGAAAUGCCGCGCUCGGUAUUGCUGGCCGUCGAACGCUCCAACGUCGAUCAGGCAGCACCCGGAACAAGAGUAUCGGUGCUUUGCGUACCGACUCUAUUCACCUCGGGGAAAGACGGAACCCACAAGUCCGUCUACUUGCGUGUCCUAGGGAUGACCAAGGAUAACGAUGCGCACGGAGAAGCCGUCACCUACACACCAGCCGAAGAAGAGGCAUUUCGGACCUUGUCGCGUCGGCCCGACGUAUACGAAAUUCUGCAGCGUUCCAUUGCACCAAACAUUUCUGGUUCUUACACGGUCGAUAUCAAGAAAGCGCUCUGCUGUCAGCUUCUGGGUGGAUCGCGAAAGAAAUUGCCCGACGGGGUGCGCCUGCGCGGUGACAUUAACGUCCUCCUCUUGGGCGAUCCCUCGAUGGCGAAAUCGCAGUUUCUCAAAUUUAUUUCCAAGGUAGCACCGGUGGGUAUCUAUACCUCUGGAAAAGGCUCUUCGGCCGCCGGGUUGACUGCUUCCGUGGUACGAGACGCCAAGGGGGAGUUUUAUCUCGAAGGUGGUGCCAUGGUCCUGGCCGACGGUGGUAUCGUUUGCAUUGACGAAUUCGACAAGAUGCGUCCAGCAGAUCGUGUUGCUAUCCACGAAGCCAUGGAACAACAAACAAUUUCCGUAGCCAAGGCAGGUAUUACGACGGUUUUAAAUUCACGCUCCUCCGUACUAGCUGCGGCCAAUCCUGUCUUUGGUCGGUACGAUGAUUUCAAGUCAGCCUCCGAAAACAUAGACCUCAUGACAACCAUUUUGAGUCGUUUUGAUGUCAUAUUUCUGGUACGAGAUAUUCGUGAAGAGGAACGUGAUCGACUGAUUUGCCAGCACGUAAUGGGGAUCCAUAUAGGCGCAUCCAAUCGGUCGGACGGUGGUUUGGGGCAUCUAGAUGUACCAGCAAUGAAGAAAUACAUUCAAUACUGCAAGGCUCGUUGCUCGCCGCGUCUGUCGGAAGAAGCGGGUGAAGUCUUGACGAGUUCCUACGUAAAGAUUAGGGAUGAUGUGCGUCGCCGGGCGAUUGCCUCGUCCGGAAGAUCGGAUGGAAGAGACGGGGAUACGCAAUCGGCCAUUCCAAUCACUGUACGGCAGCUGGAAGCUUUAGUGCGUUUGUCUGAAAGCUUGGCGAAGAUGCGACUGGACCCGCAAGUGCGGUCUGAAGACGUAACGGAGGCGUUGCGUCUAUUUAAAGUAAGCACGAUGGCAGCAAAUGCGGUCGACCAAAAUUUAGGGGAAACAUCAUAUGCGUCGGUAUCUGCCCCCAACCGUGAAGAAAUGGAACGGACAGAGGCCUUUUUGCGUAGCCGUUUGAACGUUGGGAGCAUGGUCAACAAGCAAAGGCUGGUGGAAGAAGGAUCUGGUCAAGGAUUCAAUGCAAUCUUGAUCGCACGGGCAUUAUCCAUUAUGGCUAGCCGUGGUGAAGUAUUGGAAAGAAAUCAAGGUCGUUUGCUGAAGCGAGUCAAAUAA